AUGGCUUUAACAGAGUUUGAGAAAAAAAGACAGGAGAAUAUUCAAAGAAACAAAGAGCUUUUACAAAAAUUAAAUCUUGAUUCAAUAACUAAUAACAUAUCCAAAGAAAUUGAAAGAUCGUCACCAUCACCACAACCAACUACAAAGAAAAGAAAAAUAAUUACCAGAAAUCAUGAACCAAAGUCAAAAAAAGAAGCUGUUGAACCAACUAGAAGAUCAAGUAGAUUAAGAGGUAUAAAAACUGAAUUAGAAAAUCCUGAAGAAUAUAGGAAAAUAAAAGAAGAAGAACUAGAAGCAGAACGUGAAAAGAAGAAAAUUGAAAGUUUGAGAAGAACUAAAUUAUAUGGAGAUUUUAAUUUAAUUGAUUUAGUCACUGAUAAGAAAAAAGGAGGAAGAUUAUUUGAAGAAAAAAUUAGACCAACUAUGAAACAAAAAGCAAAUGGUGCAAAAAUUGAACAAGAUGAAACAUUGCUCGAAGAAGAAAAUGAAGUACUAGCACUUUUACAGUCCAUUGGUGAUAAAUUCUCAGCUGGUGAUUUUUAUGAACAAAUAUCCAAAAAUGAGAAUCUUAAUUCUGAUAAACUUGUUGAUUCUAAAAGAAAAGAGUUUGAUUCCAAAAGAAUAUUUUCAAAAUUUGAUCCAUUAGAUGUAAAAUUAACUCAUCAUAGAAUCACCUCAAUAGCAUUUCAUCCGUCAACAACUGAAAGAAUAGUAGCUGCGGGAGACACCGAUGGUAAUCUAGGUAUAUGGAUACCGGAUUCUGAAACUGAUGAAAAACCAACUAUAUCAAUAUCAAAACCUCAUGGGAAAAAUGUAUCCAAAAUAUUAACUCCAUCAAAUCAAUUGCAAAAAAUUUAUAGUUCAUCAUAUGAUGGAAGUGUAAGGUCACUAGAUUUAAAAACAUUGAAAAGUCAAGAUGUUAUUUCAUUAAAUGAAUUUCAUGAUUCUGGAAUUACUGAUAUUAAUUUUGUAAGAGAAGAUCCAAAUCUAUUAUAUAUGACAAAUUUAAGUGGAUUAUUUUAUAAUUAUGAUUUAAGAACAAAACCAAAUGCAAAAAAUUUAUUGAGGCUACAUGAUAAAAAAGUUGGAGGUUUUGCAAUAAAUCCAAAUAAUAACUAUCAAAUUGCAACCUCAUCAUUAGAUAGAACUUUAAGAUUAUGGGAUUUACGUAAGAUUUCAAAACUGGAAUAUUCAGAAUAUGAUGAUCAUAAAUCUCCUCAUAUGUAUGGAAAUUAUACUUCAAAAUUAUCAAUAUCUUGUGUUGAUUGGAAUAUAAACAAUCAUAUAGUGUGUAAUGGGUAUGCUGAUUAUAUUCAUUUAUUUAAUUACAACGAACCACCAAAAAUUACAGAAUGGGAUAAAUCAUAUAUGCCAGAUUACAAGAGACCUAGAGUGAAAGAAGAAGACACAAUAAUAUUACCAGAUAAUUUAAAACCUUUCAAUAGUAUAAGACAUAAUUGUCAAACUGGUAGAUGGGUAUCAAUUUUGAAAUCAAGAUGGCAAGAGAAUCCAGCUGAUGGUAUGCAUAAAUUUAUUAUAGCAAAUAUGAAUCGUGGUUUAGAUAUUUAUGAUGAGAAAGGUAAUAUAUUAGCUCAUUUAAAUGAUCAAGUUGGUGCUAUUCCCGCGGUAUGUACAUUACAUCCUACACAGAAUUGGGUAGUUGGAGGAAGUGCAAGUGGUAAAAUAUACUUAAUAGAAUAA